UAAUUUUAGAUAAAAAAAAGAAAAAAAUACGUCAACAGCUAAACGUUUUACUAAUCUUUUAAUAAUGCUAUUUUACUGAUUGUAAUCAUUUUCUUGUCGUCUAGCUUAUAUAAAAUACAAGUGCAUAAUUGAAUAGAAUAAAUAAACUCUCAUUGGAAGCAGGGAUAUGGAAAGGUCAAAAGAAUUCAAGUCAAAAUAUAAAUGGAAUAUUAUAUGGAAAAAUGUUAUAAUUUUUCUCUAUUUUCACAUAAGUAGCCUUUAUGGAAUAUAUUUAAGUUUAACAGCACUAAAAUUAUAUACUACGAUAUUCAUAAUUAUUUCAAUUCAAAUAACAUCCGUUAGUAUUACUGCAGGUGCUCAUAGAUUAUGGUCACAUAAAUCUUACAAAGCUAAAUGGCCAAUGAGAUUAAUACUAAUGAUUUGUCAAACUAUGGCAUUUCAAAAUAGCAUUUAUGAAUGGGUCAGAGAUCACCGUGUCCAUCACAAGUUCACCGACACCGAUGCCGAUCCUCAUAACUCGCGAAGGGGAUUUUUUUUCUCUCAUAUUGGUUGGCUUAUGUUAAAAAAGCAUCCGGAUGUUAAAAAAAAAGGUGCUACCAUAGAUAUGAGCGAUCUUGAGAAAGAUCCGGUGGUCGUAUGGCAACACAGACAUUAUAGAAUUCUCAUGCCACUCAUUUGUUUCAUCAUUCCUACGUUGAUACCCGUAUAUUUUUGGGGAGAGUGUUUGAAGAACGCUUGGUAUGCAACAAUUACCAGAUACGUCCUAAGCUUAAAUAUUACCUGGCUAGUGAAUUCUGCUGCACAUAUUUGGGGCAUGAAACCGUAUGAUAGUACUAUAUCUCCGACAGAAAUCCCUGCAGUUUCAUUUCUUGCAGUCGGUGAAGGUUGGCACAAUUAUCAUCACGUAUUUCCGUGGGAUUACAAAGCUGCUGAAUUAGGAAAUUACAAAUUAAAUCUUACAACAGCAAUUAUCGAUGGUUUUGCCAAAAUUGGUUGGGCUUAUGAUCUUAAAACAGUCACACGUGAAAUGAUUGAAAAGCGUGCAUGUAGAACGGGAGAUGGUACAAAGUAUAAAAAUGUCGAAGAUCAUCAACUGGAUUACAAUCAUAAUAAUGCUAUUUGGGGUUGGGAUGAUCCAGAUAUUAAUACGGAAGAUGUUCAAGACGCAAGGAUAUUAAAUAAGGCCAAAUAAAACUAUUAUUAUUGAUUUGGUGGUGGCGUAGAUAAACAAAAAUUGUCAAAUUAAAAAAAAAACACCAUAAUUUAUCGUCCAUAAAUUAUUAAUAAUAAUGAUCAUUCUCGAUGAAAAGUUAAAAUUAUUCGAGUGAAAAUUGAAUAUAGAUGAUUUUAUCCUAACAAUUUAUUUAUUGUAAUAACAUUGUAUAUUAGGUUUGAUACGAUUAAAUAAUAAGAAUUAAAAUAUAUGAUUGAGUUGAUAGAAAAUAUAACACAUUAUUAUUAGCUCGUAAGGAAAAAAUCUUGCGACAUAAAAAUCCUAGUUGUUAAAUCAAAUAUAAUAAAAAAUGUGCAUGUCUCACUUCUA